CCGGUCGCGUCACUUCUGGUUCUGUCCAAAAUGGCGCCUGUGUCUUCCAUCGGUCUGCUCCCUUUUGAGAAUAGCUGAGGAAAAGACUUCCUGAGGAGGCAGCGUGACGUCAGCUGCGCGACACGGUGACGUCACUUGCACGAAGAGAAAGGGGAGGGGUCGUGAGUUCUCGAAUUUUUUUUGACAUCUCGGUCCGUUAACAACAAAAGCCUAAGAAGGAAUGGAGCUGUACCGGAUUUGACAUGAGCGGUGAUUGAAGAGUCUGAAGAUUCCUUAGGAAAAUCAGAUGCUCUUGCUGUUGUGGGGCAGGAGAUUCUGAGAGAUGGAAGACGAGCAAGCACAUUAUGGCCGUAGACUGAGACGUACACUCCGUAGAAAGUAUGAUGAUGGCAUUUCAGAUGAGGAGAUUGAAGGCAAGAGAACAUUUGACUUGGAAGAUAAGUUGCGCAGCCCAAAGUACAACUCUAAAUUCAUCAUCUACAUGGAAGGCAAAGACUUCAACAUGCGAUACGUUCAAGAGGGUGGACUCAGGGACCCGCUGAUAUUUAAAAGCUCUGAAGGGCUUGGCAUCAGAAUGCCAGAUCCCACUUUCAGCGUGAAUGAUGUCAAGUUGUGUGUAGGAAGCAAACGAAUUGUGGAUGUUAUGGAUGUUGGCACUCAAAAGGGAAUAGAGAUGACCAUGGCACAAUGGGCAAAGUACUAUGAAAUCCCAGAAGAAGAGCGAGAGAAACUGUACAAUGUAAUAAGCCUUGAAUUCAGCCAUACCAAGUUGGAGAACUUGGUUCAAAGACCAGCCACAGUAGAUCAAAUAGACUGGGUUGACAACAUCUGGCCCAGACAUUUAAAAGAACGUCAGACUGAAUCCACAAACUCCAUUCAAGAGAUGCAGUACCCCAAAGUGCAGAAGUACUGUCUUAUGAGUGUAAAAGGCUGUUACACUGAUUUCCAUGUAGACUUUGGUGGUACAUCUGUAUGGUACCACAUCCUGCGAGGAGGCAAGGUCUUCUGGUUGAUACCACCAACAGACCAGAAUUUGGAAAUGUACGAGAAUUGGCUACUUUCUGGGAAACAAGGGGACAUCUUCCUAGGGGAUAGAGUAACAGACUGCCAGCGAGUUGAAUUAAAGCAAGGCUACACUUUUGUCAUCCCUUCUGGGUGGAUCCAUGCCGUGUACACUCCUCAGGAUACUCUAGUUUUUGGUGGGAACUUCCUACACAGUUUUAAUAUCCCAAUGCAACUGCGAAUCUAUAGCAUUGAGGAUAGAACACGGGUCCCUACAAAGUUCAGAUACCCAUUUUACUAUGAGAUGUGUUGGUAUGUGUUGGAGCGAUAUGUUUACUGCAUGACUAGGAAAUCUCAUCUUACCAAGGACUUCCAGAGGGAGUCACUGAGCAUAGAUUUGGAGCUGAAUGGUCGGAAAAGACCUGAAACGCCAUCAUCUUCUUCAUCUUCAUCAGAUUCUUCUUCCUCACCCACCUCCUCCUCAUCGGAGUAUGAUGACUCAUCCGAUCAAGACUGGGAGGAAGAAGAAGGUUUAAGUAAAAAAGAGAGAGAAAGAAGGAAAGCAGAGCGGGAGACACAGCGACGGAGAGAACGGGAGCGAAGACAGAGAGAACGAUCUUGGCAACGGCGUGAGGAGAGAUUACUUAUGUCUAGAAUUCCUGCCCUGCACGAGUCUCUUACACCACCAAUGUCUCUGCCCACUCCACCUUCACCUCCAAGUACGCCCCAUUGUUUGACAUGGUUUGAGAUUGAAGGUUUACAUUGCCUUGUCAAGAAGCUUGACUCUCUUCCUCCACACAAGAAGUGCCUCCCUGAUGGUAUUAAUGACCCAGAUGCUCUUAUUGCAGAUGUAACGAAGCUUCUGGAGGAACACGCGCAUGACCCACCUGAGCUUGCACUUACUGGAGUCCCUAUUGUUCAGUGGCCCAAGAGACAGCAGUAUAAAGUUCACCUCCGGCCCAAGAUCCAGUUCACCAAACCUCACACCAUGCGGCCUGCCGCCCGUCAUGCUACUUCAGCCACUCGGCCUGUGGCCACCAUCUCUCCUGGACAAACUGCCUCUUCUGGCGCAAGGAGGCGACGAGUAAGAUGCCGGAAAUGUCAGGCAUGUCUCCAAAGAGAGUGUGGGACUUGCCAUUACUGCAAAGACAUGAAGAAGUUUGGAGGUCCAGGCAGGAUGAAGCAGUCAUGCAUGCAAAGGCAGUGCCUUGCGCCCAGACUGCCCCACUCUGUCACCUGUGCCAUGUGUGGAGAGGUGGAUCAGACCAAUGAUUCCCAGGACUUUGAAAGGAAGCUCAUGGAGUGCUCGGUGUGCAAUGAGAUUGUCCAUCCCGGCUGCCUAGAGAUGGACGGUGAAGGCUUGCUGAGUGACGAGCUUCCCAACUACUGGGAAUGCCCCAAAUGUAACGAACAGAGGAAGCACACGAUGAGCACAGAUCAGGAAAAAGUCUUGCUGCACAAUAAACGAAAGGCUGUAGACAACUGUGAUCUGGACCCUCAUCUGUCAGCCAAAGUUUUGCGUCCCCCUCUUGGACAGAGUCCUCCAUCACCGCCACUUCUCCUCCUGCCCCCUUCCCCAUCCUCUGCCCCCCCAACACCACCAACAACCACACCACAGGCAACCCAUGUCAGCAGGGAAGAAAGAGCUAAGAGGCGACAGAUGACCCGGGAAAAAGAAAACCAUCCCAGUGGGCGCGAACAGUCAGAAGCUGAUCGUGUCUGGCAUCGGGGAUCCUACCUCACUGUUACCCUCCAGCGACCCCCAAAAGAGCUCAGUUCAUCUUCUAUUGUCCCGAAACUGCAAGCCAUCACACCAAAUCCCCGUCAUCCAAUUCGACCUCCUCCUUCUCAGCCACCAGAUGAGUAUGAAGAAGAUGAGGAUGAUGACGAAGAUGAGGAUUAUAAUACAGAGAAUGGACUCAUGCCUGGGCAGCGAAAAGAUGACCUAUCGAUGCAGAAAGAUGUGUGGCUGUCUGUCUUCCAGUACCUAACACGGAAAGACCUCUGCCUUUGUAUGAGAGUCUGCAAGGCAUGGUACAAGUGGGCUUGUGAUAAACGCCUUUGGUCCAGGAUUGAUAUGAGUCGCUGCAAGUCUCUGAUGCCACAGGCACUUAGUGGCAUAAUUAAAAGGCAGCCUGUACAGCUUGACCUUAGUUGGACAAAUGUAUCUAGAAAGCAGCUCACGUGGUUAGUUAACAGGUUGCCAGGGUUGAAAGAACUUUUCCUUGCUGGUUGUUCGUGGUCUGCUGUCUCUGCUCUCAGUAGUUCCAGUUGUCCUCUUCUAAAAACUCUGGAUUUACGCUGGGGUGUGGGAAUCAAAGAUUCACAGAUAAGAGAUCUGUUGACACCACUAACUGAGAAGUCAGGGCACGACUCUCGCAGCAAGCUCCGGUUCUUAACAGAUUUUCGUCUCUCUGGCCUGGAUAUCUCCGAUGUCACGAUCCGGCUCCUCAUACGGCAUUGUCCUCUUCUGUCUAAGCUCGACCUCAGCCACUGCCGUUUCCUGACUGAUCAGUCUGUCAACCUUCUUACAGCUGUAGGGUCAUCUACACGGGUUUCUCUUACUCACAUCCACUUAGCAGGUUGUAAAGAAGUAACUGAUGAGUCUUUUUCGUACUUGAUACGAGCCUCUAACCUGACUCUUAUCGAUCUUCGAGGCUGCAAACAAGUGACACGGGGAGCAUGUGAAGAGUUCAUCUCGGACAGAUCUGUGAGCACCUUGUACUGUCUCUCAGAUGACAAGCUUAUCCAAAGGAUCAGCUAGGACUGGGUGUGUGUUGGAGGUGUGAUGCAGAGGGAUGCCAUGAUGUUGGAGGAUGCACACUGUCAAUCACCACCUUCUCGUCAGGUCUGUCCAGCUCUGUCACCUUCCUCUCAUCCAGACUCGAGCAAUAAUUGGCAAUCUAAGAUACCGCCCUACUAUGCCUCUGGCUGAGCAAUCACUUGGUGCAAAGAAGUGGGCUAUAUCUGAAACGGGUAUUUAUACAGAGUUGGCAGCCUUGGUGGUGUCUGUGACUUCUAGGGCUGAAAUCAAGACCUCUAGGACUGGAUCUCCAAUGUCACAAAGAAAGACUUUUUUUUUUUUUUUUUUUUUGCCUCCUUAGUACAGGAUAGCUCUUCAUCAGACAAAUUUAAUGGAGAAGCUACUGAGGAGCGAGCGGGCAGCUCAGGUUUUUUCUUUUUGUUUGUUUCUGGUUUUGACCACCGUAUAAUAAAGUUUAUUUCUAUGGGCGCUUGGGGUAGAGUGUGUGAGUAGGAGAAUGGAUGGGCUACUUCUUGAUAAAUAGUAAGAGUUAAUAUUAUAUUUUUUUUUAUUUUUUAACUUAAGAUUUUGGUUUGUUGCUUUUUUCUUUUGUGCCCAGUCCCUCUCUCCAGAGAACAUAGAUGCAGAAGUGCACUCAACAAUGCAUUAGUUCCACACACACUGGGCAGCCAUUUUUGCAUAUAUACAAAAAUAUAUAUAAUUAUAUACAGAAGCUGGAGUAUGUGUACACAAGAAGCAUGUGUGCGCCGGAUGCUCCCUUUCCCAGCCCGGGACUAGAUUGUAUAAAAAAGAGCCUGGAUAAUAUUUUUCUCUGCGGGAGCAGCCUGCAUUACCUUUGUUUCUUUUGCAAUAAAAAAGAAUUAUAAAUGUG